GUUUUCGUCUGUCGAGUGUCGAAUUUUCUUGUUUGUAUAUUGCGUUUCUUUUGCGGAAAUCGGUAUUUACAAAUGAAAAUGAUUGUAUAUUCUUCAGUGAAGUAAGAAGUAGCAAUGAACGUUCUCGAGAAGGCCGAGAAGGCCCUGGAAUAUUUAAAAAAUUACGAAGGUGUAGCAAAAGGUCAUGAGUUACAAGCUGCAGCUGGGACACUGGGCCGGUGUUUGGGAGCUCUCGGCACGCGACCGAACUGCGCUAGGCAUUAUGCAAAUUUACUUAACGUCGCUGUUCCGACUUUGCUAGCAUUGGCUAGCCAUGAAAGUGCUGAAAUAAGACUAGUGGGAGAUGAAGCUCUCAACAGAGUGGUUGUUGGUGGAUUUGCUUUCAAUUCUUAUAAGACUAAUGCCAUACUGCUAAAUCAGAUAGAAGUGUCUAGAAAUGCAAGAUGGAUCAGAGCAUCGCUAGCCCGUAUCUGUCUUGGAGACAGUUGGCUACGCCCUGGUAUUGGGAAAAUAAGGUCUCAAGCUCAAACCCUUUUCCCAAAGUUGAGUGAAAUUGUGCGAACUACAAGUGAACUGCCGCUAAUUGUUGAGGCUUUGGAGAGUAACCUGCCGAGAAUUUUAAAUGCAUUGGCUGAAUACACAACGGAUGAAGAGAUAUAUGAGCUGUCGACCGCGCUACUGUCGCACAUGCAGUGCGGUGAGGCGUCAGUACGGCGCGCGUUAGGCGCCUGCCUCGCCGAGCUCUGCCAGCACCGGGAGACUGCGCUAGCCACUGUGCUUGACAAGGGAUAUGAAAAACUGUGGCCCACGGCAGCUGAAGACAGCAUCAUUAUUGGAUGGUUUUGUGUUUUCAAAGCUAUCUUCCAACAGAAUGAAAUCAAGAAAUUUAGUGAAAAUAAUGUUUUCUCUGUUCAGGAUUUUUUAGAAUUAUAUCAACUAUGCAUACACUACAUAGAUCUUACAACGACAGAGCAUAAUGUACAAAACGCAGUACUGGAGUGUCUGACAGUGCUUAUAUCGCAAGCUCAUCAUGGAUACAGGAAAGCGUUGUUGGAUAAACAUCCGAGCCCUGUGUGUUUGGAUUCAAGGACUAGUGGGAAGGGGCAUAAACGGAAUUUUAGUUACACGAGCGCAGUGUCCGCGCACAGCACGCACAGCACGCACAGCACGCGCAGCGCGGGCGGCGCGGGCGAGCUGGCGCUGCGCGGCGCGCUGCGGCUCGGCUCGGCCCACAAGCUGCACACGCCGACCCACAGCUCGCACGACCUGCCCAUACAGACGCCCGAUACGCCAGAAAGCGACAGCGCGUCUGUGGACGCAGAACAGCUAACGCGUGCGGUGGCCGAGCGCCUGCAGCACUAUGCGGAUGAAGACGGGGACGUCGUUAUGCGGGAGUGUGAGGAGACUGUUAAGAUAAACAUCGGAUCAAGUUCAGACGACGACGUAAGACUGAAAUACUGCGCACGACUGCUCGUAUCCAAGUUCCUUCUCGCUGGCUGUAAAGGGCAACUCGUAUCGGAUCGGUCUGUCCGUGUGUCUGUGAAGUCAUCUGCGUUGUCGUGUCUCGCGGAGAUCCUGCGACUGUACCCGCAAAUAGCGACACUGUAUCUCGAUAAGGACGCUGAUACUAAACUAUUGAAUUAUUCUAGUUCAUCAGAAGGUGCAGAGUCAAACCAAGAUACUCUCGACGAGUUCAUAUUAGAACGAAACGUUUGCUUCCAAGACUCGCUCACAGAAUCUCUCAGCCAGGAUCUAUUAAAGAGCUGUGACAGCACGCAACAAUCCAAAACCACGAAAGACACGAAAUCCAUAGAGAAGUCAAUAGAAAGCGAGUUGAAAAGCCUAAAAGACGCACCCAGUAAUAUGUUGGACAGCAAACUGAUUGCCAGCGAACUCAGCGCUGAUACAAACAUGACGAACAGCAACUUCACAACUAAUUCCACGGAUGAACAAUCGACCGGAUAUCCGAUGUCCAGCAGCGGCGGUAUUCUAUCUUCCAGCAUCGAUCUAGAUAUGAAGUUCGACCAUUUCGGCGACUCGACGAACGCCGAAACGGUCAAGUUCGACAAAGAGUUCGAUAGACGGCCGAAGAAGAUAGAAGUCGAGUCGAUGAGCGAACAGAGCGAAUUGGAAUAUCAGCAUUUGAGUGAUAUAUUACUAUUCGAAGAUCACAGUGACCCCCAAAUAAGGGGGCUAGUGAGGGUCUGCUUGGGACGCUAUUUAGUUGCCGCGUUGGAUCUCUCGCACGGGGACUACAGCCGCUGGAGGAGUUACGCGGCGCUGCCCAAACAUGUCGCCGAGGCUAUGAGUGUGGAGAAGCUGAUGGAGGUCAUUUUGAAGGGUCUAUCGGACGAGAUCCACUCGGCGGUGAACCACACGCUGUUCACGCUGGCCCCGCUCAGCACAGCGCUGGCGCACAGCGCGGCGGCCGGCGAGCUGGGCGCCGUGCUGGCUGCGCUGGCCAACGUGCACACCAACCCGUACUGGCUGUGCCGGCUCAACCUCGCCAAGGUGUACGAGAAGAUGCCCUAUGCUAGAUUAUUCAUGCUGAGUCCAAACUACAAGCAACAGAGUAAAGUAAUAAUGGACACCUUAUACCGUCUGCUCGCUGACACAGACCAAAAAGUACGAUCCGCGGCAGCUAAUACCAUCGCUGUCAUAAUUCCCUCCCUAUACAUACCCCCACGGGCGACCAGCACCUCCUGGCUCGCGGAAGAAGCGCGUCGUUCCAGCGCGAUCUUCUCCCUUCACGAGAAACAACAUUCGCUUGCGUUGUUACGUCGUGUGCACUGUCUUGCUGACUUGCCGGCACAACUCACACAGGAGAGGAGUGAUGUCGAUGAUGAUGUACUGGCGGAAGUGGUGGGGGAACUCGUGGUGCGCAUGAUGCAGAACGGAUGUAGGAAUUUUGCGCAAGGCGCGAUCGAAGCGCUCCGGGCGCUCUGCUUGCGCCACCCGCCCGCACAGCACGGCGCUGCGUACCGCGGGGUGGGAGCGGCGCAGCUCUGCGUGCACGCGCUGUGCGAGCGCGGCUGCGGCGCGCUGUGGGCGGCCGCCGCGCUGGACGUGCUGCGGCUGCUGUACCCCGUUGAAAUCGACCACAUAAUGCGCAACAAAACCAACAAGGACAUAUUCGAGCGCGAUCCGCAAGACUUUAGAGAGAAAUGGCAUUUCUUAGAGAACGAAAGAGUUGCUUCACUCUCCGAGAAGUUCCUACAAGUCACAUUAAAGAUGCUCAAUGUGCUGGUGCAUUUGAUAGAGGAAGUUAACCCUAAUGUGCAUGUGAAUAAGAGCAGUAUUGCUCUGCCGGGCAGUCCGGUUAGGAGGAAGACGCAAGAUUCGACCCCCCGCAAGAGCAGCAUAACACCCGAUACAGACGACAAGGCAUCUCUGAAGAAAAAACCGACGACUCCCGCCAACUCGCUCAAGGCGAGCUUCGCGGGACACUUUGUGAACGAACCCGUGUUCGUUAAGAUGUAUGAUAAUUUGAGAGCUACGUAUUCGAAUCAUAAGAUAAACCUGGACCCGAAAAGCAGUAUAUUCUACGAAUUUCUAUCUACCGUUCUCAAAUCGCUAGCCAUACAAUUAGAACUGUCAACCGAAAAUGAAUUCGGGCCACUCACCGAAGAACUGCUCUAUUACCUCAAAGUGAUAAUGCCUCUUUGCCCCGAAAACGCAGUAUAUUGCGUCACGCAACUUCUAAAAUGCCUCUUCGGUACUAACAUGAUAAAUCAGUACCAAGACUAUAUGAAUAUAGCUGAUCCGGUCCCCAAAAAAGAACCAGCUAGCUUCUACGAUGAUGUUUUAAUGAUUAAUAGCCUAGAUACUGAAACUAUACGUGAUAGUGUAUCUUCUGAAGGAAGUCAGAAGGAGACUAAAGACCCUAUACUAAUAGAAGAGAAACGGUUGCUAUUGGCGAUAGAGAAUUUUAACAAGAAUAGAAUGGAUCGCAAGUGGAGCACUAAUAAGAAGGAGUUGGAAAGAUAUAUACGUCUGUUUGAACCGGUUGUGAUACAGGCUUUGAAGAUGUACACGCUGCAGAACGGCACGGCGCUGCAGCGCGCGGUGCUGCAGCUGCUGUGCCAGCUGCUCUCGCUGCGCGUCAACUACUGCAUGCUCGACAGCGACCAGCUCUUCAUCGGCUUCCUGCUCAAGCAGCUCGACCUGCUCGAGCACCACGAGAUACCUAAUUGCUGCGAACUAGUCAACAGUAUUAUGUUAUUCCUGGUGCAACUCUCGUCAUCGAAACAUCACUCGAAACAAAUUAUAGAAAUUCCUAAGCUGAUCCAGCUGUGCGACGGUCUGCUGGCGGCGGGCGCGCAGGACGCGUGCGCGGCCGGCCUCGAGCCCGUCGCGCUCAGAGUCUUCACAUCGCUCGGCAACGGGACAGGCACACUGGGCCGCACGCAACAGCAAGAACUGCAAGCUACGCGGGAGGUGAUUUUCUAUAUGCUGCAGAAAACAAUGCAUUUACCGAGGGUGGUGGAGCUGGUGUCGUGCAUCCUGGCGGCGAGUGCGGGCGCGGGGGCGGGCGGCGCGUGGCGCUGGGGCGCGCAGUGCGGCGGCACGGCGGCGCGCGCGCUGGCCGCCCGCGCGCCCGCGCCGCGCCCCGCGCCCCGCCCCGCGCCCCGCGCCCUCGCCCGCCUGCUCACCCGCCUCGCGCCGCACCUCGCCGACCAGCCGCAGCUCGAGCUGCUGCUGCGCGCGCUGCUCGCCCCGCCCCCGCAGGACACAGCGCCACGAAAAGAGAAACUGCAAUACCUCACGACGAUAAUGUUGCUCCUGCGCAAAGUUCUCGUGUUAAUACCUGAAAGUGAAAUCCUGCUAUCCAUCAACUACCUCAAGGCGACUUGUAUCGCGCCACAAGCGAUCUUCUUCAACGUGAAACCGAACACAGAUCCACUUAAUGUGCAAAAUGUUAACGAAAGCUGUGCUAAUCUGUCUCCAGAUGUGAUAUUGGUCAGGUUUCUGUUCAAGACUCUGACUUUCGCAAUAAUGGAGAUGGAAGACUUUGACAGUGACGUGGAAGACGAGAACUGUGAUGAAGACGACAAACUGCUGUAUAUGGUUGUGGUGAACAUCAUUGUACAAGUGAAGCAUAUGCUGCAUUUGACGACCGGCUGCCAGUUCCCUUUGACGGCGAAGUCUGCGCAGAGCCUGGUGCAGGCGGAGCAGAGCGGGCUGAACCCGGGGCUGUACAGCCCGGACGAGAACGUGCCGCUGGCCGCGCUGAGCCGCGCCGUGCUGCGCGCCGCGCACGCGCGCCCGCUGCUCGCCGCGCACUGGUCGCACCUGCUGUGCAGGCUGGGCUUCGUGUCGGCGGGCUACUGGCAGCAGCUGGCGGGGUUCAGCCGGCGCGCGCCGCUGUGCGCCCGCGCGGCGCCGCCCGCGCACGCGCUGCACCUCGCCGUCACGCUCGCCGCGGCCGACCACGUGGUGGAGAGCGGGCUGGGGGACGCAGUGGCAGCGACAUGGGUGGUCGCCAACCGCACCGGCGAGCUGGUGCGCUGGCGCCAGGAACCAGCUGCAAGCCGCCUGCUCGCCGCGCUGUGCGCCGCGCCCGCGCCCGCCGCGCUGCUGCUGCACGCGCUGCCCGCGCGCUGCCGCGACACGCAGCAGGGAGAAUUCGCGUUGAACACGUACAAAAUACUGUCGACGUGCCACGAAAGUCAGUCGGGGCCUCUGAUAUUCUUCAUAUGCCGCAUCAUUGGUAAAUUGGAGCCUUCACUGGCUGUUAGGUUCGCGCAACUAGCAAUAGACAGGUGUAACAUGUUAAAAGAGUUACCACUAGAGCAGAUCACGGGCCAGUUGACUAAAGAAGACGUGCAGGUGGCGCUAGAGAUGCUGCAGAAGGACAAAGUGCAUUUGAGGUACCGUCCGCUAGUAUCAGCGCUGAACUCGCUGGCGUGUAGCGCGUUCGACCUGUCCCCGCUCGCGGGCGGCGCGCGGCCGCUCAACCCGCGCGCUGUGCGAGCGGCCGAACCCGCGCAACAGUGGAUGGCGCAGGUUAAAGCCAGAUGCUGUCAGCAAGAUAGCGCACUACCAAAAGUACCAAAAUAUACAGAUUUAGCGAAUUUAUUAACGAAAUUUUCCCUCGAAGACAUCAACACGAUGAUGUCUUGUCCCGACUUUGAUAGAAAAAUACUCGGCGCCAGUUUCAAAGUAACAUGCGAUACAUUUAUACGAGAUUUCCUAAAUGUCGUAUCCGUUCAAGAAUUGAAAGAGAUGGAAAGAGAGAUAGCCAGAGAAGAAAGAGAAAUGGCGAGGGAAAAAGAGGAAAUGACGUCAUCAGCUAUAGAUAGCAACAAGAUGAACGUUGUUAACAUCCACGUUUUCAAGAAAAGCGACAGCAAAGAGUCGAAAUCACAGUUCUUCAUACCAAUGGUUGAUAAUGAUGUUAAAGAAAACUUUGGCAAUUUAAAAAUCACUGAAGAAGAGUGCGAAAUUAAUAUACCAGAAUUGCCCAAACUAUAUCUAGCCAGUAUAUCUUCUCUAGACAAAUCGUUGGCAGAAAUAUUAAGACUAUUUCCGAAACAAAGUCGACCGCUCAGUCAGUCUGAAAACUUUAACUUGAACGUGGAACAAACGAUAGACAGAUACACGCGACGGUGCCAUCAAGUAUUUCAAGAUAAACUGUUCUAUCAAGAGUUUAUGACGAUACAGACAAUUCUAACCGGUUUCCUUCCAUCUCUAGAAAGAGUAGUAAACCUCAUUGAUGAUACGGACUGUGAUUUAUUGGAAAAGUGCAUAGAAAACAUACUCCCGAGCACUCUCGCACGAAAUUUGGCGAUAUUCAGUGUGGUCUCGUUGCAGUAUUUGUCGUUUUUGAUAAGUAACAAGAAGGUGGUAGAAAGUCCGGUGCACAAUGACAUGUCGUUUCGCGCCAAUAUGCCAGAUAAUGUAUGUGUGGACCAUGUGAUUAUAGUGACCAUAGAUAAUGUAGCUAAGGCUUUGAAGUUUGAGGAGAUUUGGUCAGAGCUUAACGUGGAAAACCAGAUGAAUAGAAUACAGUCGGCUAUUUGUUGUUUGUACGCUGUGGUCAAGUAUUUAGUCAAGGAUAUUAAACCACUUACAUCCAAAUCUCACAUACAAACGCAAGAUCCAGGGCCCAAAGCGGACAUAAUAAUAACUGGAGAUAAGCUGAUAACUCUAAUCGAAUAUUGGGAACAGAACUUCUACGUGAGAAGGGAAAAUAUUCUGGGAAGACGUUAUAAGAAGCCCAUUGAAGAUCUAAUUGUUAGUUUAUCAAGGAUAGAAAUAGUGAGCAACAUGGCACUUAUUCCGCCACUGGCGUGGUCGUGCGUGGAGGUCCGCACGCGCAAGGACCGUGAGCUGCUGCAGCGCGUGGACCUGCCGCUGCAGGCGCUGCAGGACCUGGACGUGCUUGAGGCGUUCCUGUUUAGGGUGAACCUGAUCGGCUGGUCUUCGAAGAAGCAGUUCGAGGAGAUCUGGGUGGGCCUGGUGGGCGCGUUGCAGGGCAACGGGCCGCACUGCGCGGUGCGCGGGCUGGCGCGCGCGCUGUGUGCGGCCGCCGCGCGCCGCGCACGGGGCCGCCUGGCGCACGUGCCGCGAAGAUACCUGCCGCUUAGUGAUGGAAUGCAGCGGCUCCGCAGCAUUCUUGUGGGCACAUCUGCGUACAAAAUAUUCGACGACGAGAACCUGGAACACAUUCCACUUCUCAAUGACGGUAUAGACGGGUACCAGUACGCACAGUUCAGUACUGAAUAUCUUAAAUUGGCUUCCGAUAUCGUCGAUGACGCUCACUGGCGCGUGCGGCGUGAGGUGAAACGCAAACGCAAGCGAACCGAUAUCGACCUCAACAGCUGUCUGCAGCUGCUUAUGGACGUCGCCGAUGAUAUGCUGGAUCCUAAGGCGAACACCGGGCUAGCGGCUCGCGUGGCGCUGGUGGCUGCGCUGGGCGCGGCCGGCGCGGCGUGCAGCGGCGGGGCGCAGUGGGCGCGCGCCGCCGGGCUGCUGGCGCACGCGCCGCCCGCGCACUGGCCCGGCGCCGCCGCCGCCGCGCUGCACGCGCUCGCGCUCUGCCUGCCCGUCGCGCGCGCACAGGUACAGCGGCGGGGCGCAGUGGGCGCGCGCCGCCGGGCUGCUGGCGCACGCGCCGCCCGCGCACUGGCCCGGCGCCGCCGCCGCCGCGCUGCACGCGCUCGCGCUCUGCCUGCCCGUCGCGCGCGCACAGGUACAGCGGCGGGGCGCAGUGGGCGCGCGCCGCCGGGCUGCUGGCGCACGCGCCGCCCGCGCACUGGCCCGGCGCCGCCGCCGCCGCGCUGCACGCGCUCGCGCUCUGCCUGCCCGUCGCGCGCGCACAGGUACAGCGGCGGGGCGCAGUGGGCGCGCGCCGCCGGGCUGCUGGCGCACGCGCCGCCCGCGCACUGGCCCGGCGCCGCCGCCGCCGCGCUGCACGCGCUCGCGCUCUGCCUGCCCGUCGCGCGCGCACAGGUACAGCGGCGGGGCGCAGUGGGCGCGCGCCGCCGGGCUGCUGGCGCACGCGCCGCCCGCGCACUGGCCCGGCGCCGCCGCCGCCGCGCUGCACGCGCUCGCGCUCUGCCUGCCCGUCGCGCGCGCACAGGUACAGCGGCGGGGCGCAGUGGGCGCGCGCCGCCGGGCUGCUGGCGCACGCGCCGCCCGCGCACUGGCCCGGCGCCGCCGCCGCCGCGCUGCACGCGCUCGCGCUCUGCCUGCCCGUCGCGCGCGCACAGGUACAGCGGCGGGGCGCAGUGGGCGCGCGCCGCCGGGCUGCUGGCGCACGCGCCGCCCGCGCACUGGUACAGCGGCGGGGCGCAGUGGGCGCGCGCCGCCGGGCUGCUGGCGCACGCGCCGCCCGCGCACUGGCCCGGCGCCGCCGCCGCCGCGCUGCACGCGCUCGCGCUCUGCCUGCCCGUCGCGCGCGCACAGGACUCAUCAGCAGUGUACGAGAAGCUGAUCCGCUCGCUGUCCGCAUCGUACGCACCGCUCCGACAAGCUGCGCUGCGCGGCUGCCUCGCGCAGCUGGCGCUCCGCCCCGCGCCCUCGCGCGGCGUGCGCGCUGCGCUGCUGGACCACGUGCUGCUGCAGCUGGGUGCGCCCGAUAGGAUAUCAGUAUACGCGCAAUGUUUAUGCUGGACGCUACUAUUCGAGCUGGCGGCCUGGCAGCCCGAGCUGGUCACUCGAGCUGUGGAUUUCUUGCUCAAGCACCCGCAACAUUAUUGCACCGAUUUGGUUGUUAGAGGUAUUAUAUCCUGCCUGCGGCUGCGAAUAUUGCCCAAGGAUCUAAAGAAGACGAUAAUAGAGACGUUGUUGGAGAACAUGACGAAGUACUCGGAGCAGCACGCCGUGCAGAUACUCAUGGUGCAUCUGUUUUCUGCGGGCAACAAGCUAAUCUCGCCCAAACAAACGUCCGACGUAUCAAACAUGGACCCGGACGUUCUAAUGAGCACAAUGGAGAGAAUUACCUUACUCUAUCGACUCUUGCGCACGUCACGUACAAGGGACUCUAUACAAGCUGCGUCUAAUGCUCUACGCUACUUCCUGAGGGAGACUCUGCCCCCAGCAGCUACGUUGAGUCGUGUGGUUAUAGAGUUCUUGGAUACGUGUCGUUUGUGUAAUGUGUGCGGCAAGAGGGAGGGUGGUUCUUGUAAUGAUGGCAGGAGUGGUUCUUGUAUUGAUGGAAAGGGUGAGGGUGGUUCUUGUAGUACAUUGGUGGAUAGACAGAAGUGGAUACGGCGGUGUGUGGCCAACUGUGAAGUUGUGUUUGAGGUAUUCGAAACGUCAGUAUCACAGAAUCAACUGCCGAUCCUCAGUGGUUGGAUGUUCGAAGCCCUCUGCCACUUGAUAUCGGGGAAAAUCUCCCCUCCCUUACUCCCCCCCACACUUCUACCCCUUCUAGUAAGCGCUUCUCCCACCCCCCACUUCAGAGAUUCCUUCCCUUUGGCCUUAAACAUCUUCCGACAAGGCUUCUACAAACAGGAGCAAGACUUAGGCAUAUUUAGCGAUCUCCUCCAGCCAAGUGAUAAUAUGCCCUUCGCAGAUAGAAGGUUCCUGUGUUUGGUGGCUGUGCACUCGCAAUUUACUGAGCCGCAAUUGAUGAGAUUGAAAGAGUUGUGCGAGGAGAAUGAAGUCUUGGAUGAUUUGAAGCAAUGUUUGAAUCUAGUAAAUGAGGGUAGCUAGUGAUUGAGACUUGAAAUGAGAUUUUUUUGUUCGUUUGUUCGUUCACUUGUUUGAUAUGAAUAAAUCGAUUUAAUUCGUCAAAUUAUGCAAUUUAUAAACGAUUUUAGUCAAUUGUGUAUUGAAAAAUUGUUUAUGCCUUGUAAUGCGAAUGUAGUCAAUGAUUGUACUCUGUUUAAAUAUAUAUUUUUUGUAACGUCCACUCAAACGUUACUCAAUUUUGAGAAUUAAGUCACUCAAAAUAUAAAAAAAUAGAAUUUGACCAACAUUACAUAGAUGACAGCUUAUCAGCCUAACUGCCUAAAGUCGCAGUAAUUAACUCAUAUUUACUUGAAAUUAAACUAUUAUUAUACUGCUUAAUAUACAUACCAUGGAAAGAAAUUUAACCGUUUAAUCUAAAAAUAAAGUGAGAAUGUUAAGAGUGACUCAAUUUUGAGUAACUUUUGAGUGAUCGGCUUUACUAAUAUUAUGCAAAAAGUUUGUGAAACGCGGUUGUAAGUAAUGUACAGUAUACAAAGCCCUUAUAUAUUGGAACAAAUUAUGUUACUGACGAGUGUUUUUUAUGGAAAUCGGCUGUUAUCAACAAAAUCUAUUUAAAAUAUUAUAUAAUGAUUUAUGAGUUUUUCGUUGUUAUGCAAAAAUACACAUUUUAACUUUCAAAAAAUUUCUAAGGAUUUUUUCCACUUUCCUUUUUAUAAACCGCCUCAGUUGUUUGUACUUAACCGAAAUUUAAUAAAAUUGAAAUGCAAUAAUAUAUUAUUUAUUUGAUUAUUUGACGCUUUCUGUAAAGUUUAGGCUAUAUAAUAUUAUCGUAGGACCAUUCAAUUAAUAGCUGUUAUAUUUAAGAAAAAAUAAAUUAAAUGUUUCAUUCCGUUUUUAUUUAUUUA